AUGUCCGGGUGGCCAACGAUGCCCGGGAGCUGGUGGUGAACUGCUGCACUGAAUUCAUUCACCUUAUAUCUUCUGAAGCCAAUGAGAUUUGCAAUAAAUCGGAAAAGAAGACCAUCUCGCCAGAGCACGUCAUACAAGUUUAAGAACAUGGACUUUGAAGAUCACAUACACACAACAGAGGGAGUUCUAAGCUUAUAAGGUGUUCCUUUUAUUUCGUUGCUGGGUUUCUGUGAACACAUUACUAACAUGUUCUGUUGCAUUAUGGAAAGAAUUGACAUUGAGAGGAGCUGCAGGUUCUGUACCGGAAAGUCUGGCCUUAGGCAAAUCUGUUAACUAAGGUUUCCCCAUUUAUGUAUAAAUAAUACUUAAUGGUUUCAGGUAUAAUUAGCAAUUACUGAGAAUCUGUCAGGAUUGAGAAACUUACAUGAAAUAUGCUACAAUAAAUAAUAAUUUAAAAACUUUAUAGUGAUACUGAUUGAAAUAUAAAGCUGAAAGUCUGUUAUGUUUAACCUUACAUCAUGAUGCCAUUUGUAAAGCCAAAGUGUAAAUAAGAAUAUUUUAAGUGAUAUUAUUUUAUUUCUGCAUUUUAAAUCUCUUGCUACAUUUUUUUUUCCUCAUGUUUUUGAGAAUAGUAACUGAAAGUAGUGAAAGUUUGAAAAAGUCUCUGAGGAUUCACUUCUUCAGCAGUUGUGUUGCUCCAAGCUCUGUGUUGAAGGACUUUUUAAAAAAAUUAUAACCCCUCUCACACUGGUACUUUGGUAAAAUACAAAAAAAAUGGAUCACUAGAAAAACAAUGAAAUUUUUUGAUACUGCAUUCAAUAGAAAUAAAAUUACUUUGUCAAAUUGCUAUGAAGUUUCUUCUUUUUCCCCCCAGCUUUUUGAAAUAUAAUUGACAUGUAGCAUUGUGUAAGUUUAAGGUUUACAAUGUAAUGAUUUGAUGUGUGUAUAUAUUAUGAAAUAAUUACCACAAUAAAAUUAGUUAACACAGCCAUCACUUCACAUAGUUACAGUUUUGCCGUGAAGGUUCUUAAAAUGCUUACUUUGAAUUUCCGUACUUAACUCAUUGCAGACCAUUACAGGCAUUUCUGGCACAAGUCCAUGGACCACACUUUGAGAAUCUUGCUCUAAAGCCUAAACCACAGUCUGUUUUGGAAAGUGGAUGUGGAGUAGUUUUGAAAUCAGAGGAUCUGAGUGAUUGCAGAGAAGUUGUAAUAAUAAGAAGAAUGAUAUUGUAUUGCCUAAAUAAUCAUCCAUACUGAAAUUUUUUUCUGAAGGGACAUGUAAUUUACAUUGCACAAUUUAUCACAUAAUCAGGUGCUUUUCAAGUUAGGAUUUUACUGUUUUCUUUAAAACUGGUAUGUAUUUUGUUUUUGUUUUCCUUCUGCCACCCAGCAGUUACUUUUGAAUACUACUGUGUACUUGGCACUGUACUAGAUACUGCUAAGGAUAUAAAGAUGAAUGAUAUUUGAUUCUUGCUCUGCCAUCCGUCUCUCAUUGUUGUCCCAGAUUCCCACGAGUAGUGAUACCAUAGAGGGCAUGAUUCUUAAGGGUCUUUGUCAGGCCAGUAAGCCAAGAAGUCACUUUGGCCUACAUCCUCUUAAUAUAUUUUAAGCUAACUACAUCACCUCCAUACCUCCAUCACCUAACAUACAAACAAAAGAAAAUAGAGAAAUUAGAGAAUGCUAUUUUUUAUAUUUUAGUUUUUUCAAAUGAAAAGCAUGCAUUAUGCAUAUGAAGUAUAAAGUAAUUCACACAAAUUCAUGUUAUAACAAAAAUUUUUUUUUUUUUUUCGCGGUACGCGAGCCUCUCACUGCUGUGGCCUCUCCCGUUGCGGAGCACAGGCUCCGGACGCGCAGGCUCAGCGGCCAUAGCUCAUGGGACCAGCCGCUCCGCGGCAUGUGGGAUCUUCCCAGACCAGGGCACGAACCCGUGUCCCCUGCAUCAGCAGGCGGACUCUCAACCACUGCGCCACCAGGAAAGCCCUAUAACAAAACUUUUGAGGAGUACAUCAUUUUUGGUAAAAUAUAAGAUACGACUGUAUUAAAAUUGUUGGGUGGACAUUUUUACCUUUUUUUUUUAAGUAGUUGUCUUAAUAUCUGUCUUUUGAAUUGAAAAAAACAUGCUAAAUGUUUUUUUUUUCCUUAAUAUGCCAUGCACUUUUCUGGGUACAGUUUUAAGGUAGAUGGCAGAGGGUAGCAGACAGACCUCUGAGAAACAAGUGAUAUGUGUUUUAUCCACAAAUUUUAAAAUAUAUAUAUUAUUUUUUUUUGACUUUUACUCUGAGAUCCUUAGAGCGAGGGCCAUCAAUAGUCCAUAAAAUCCCUUUGUACAAAUUAGAAAAAGGCACUCCUUCUGUGUAUUAAUUUUGUAUCCUGCAACUUUACUGAAUUCAUUGAUUUGCUCUAGUAGUUUUCUGGUGGCAUUUUUAGGAUUUUCUAUGUAUAGUAUCAUGGCAUCUGCAAACAGUGACAGUUUUACUUCUUCUUUUCCAAUUUGGAUUCCUUUUAUUUCCUUUUCUUCUCUGAUUGCCAUGGCUAGGACUUCCAAAACUAUGUUGAAUAAUAGUGAUGAGAGUGGACACCCUUGUCUUGUUCCUGAUCUUACAGGAAAUGCUUUCAGUUUUUCACCAUUGAGAAUGAUGUUUGCUGUGGGUUUGUCAUAUAUGGCCUUUAGAAUGUUGAGGUAGGUUCUUUCUAUGCCCACUUUCUGGAGAGUUUUUAUCAUAAAUGGCUGUUGAGACACUCCUUCCUUAAAAACCUUUACUACCAUCUGCCAGAAAAAGUGCUAUAAUAAGCAUACAAAUCUAUGAUGUUUACAGUAUGAAUGGCUCUCCUCAGAUAUGCUGCUGUUGUGCACUGAACCACCUGCACAACUGUUAACGGAUGGCCCUGCUUAGGAGCCAUUUUCCUUAUCCUUCAAGAUUCUCCUUUAUGUAAAAUAGGGAUAUUAUUACUACAUGAUAACAGAUGAUGUAAAAUAUCCCCAUUUAGAAAAUGCUGUGUCCAGUUACUCAUAUCCGUUAGCCAAAAUGUGUUUAAAAUUAGGAUUAAAGUCAAUGCAGUUUUGAAAUUAAAUUUAUGGCUGCUCCUGUUGAACCAUUUUAUUGAGAGUACAGUGUACUCAGCAUUGAGAGUAUAGCUCUUUCAAUAAUAUUAAAUAUUAACCUUGGACUUACUUGCAGUUUUUUUUUUUGAAAACAGUGUUUUCAACCUUAGAUGUGUUUAAAAGUGAGUUUUUUGUUUCUGUUUUUUAAUUUUUAACCCAAGCCCUCCAUGGUUUAAGGUAGAUUGGAUUGAAGUUUUUAAUGUCUAGUCUAGUGAUUCAUGACAUUUUGAAGAGUUCUCUCAAGUGUAUUGACUUAAUUUAGUAAAUUUAAUAUACUUGUUCAGCUUGAAUUCAAUGGUGUGAUAAUGCAUAGCUAUACAUUUAUUUAGGUCCUGUAUACUUACUAGCAUACUCUUAAGUGUAAGAGAAAAGAUAUAGAUGAAUAAAAAAAGUCCCGGCGCCUGCCAGCCUGUGACCUCGCGGCGCCGCCUCUGCAGGUCUGCUGCGAUGCCUGUCGCGGUGGAGGACAUCAUGAGGCUCCUGUGCUCCGUUUCCGAGGAGAGGAAAAUGCGGGCGGCCGUCAAGCACUCUGGGAGGGGCGGCCUGGUCACAGGGGCCGUGGCCUUCGUUGGUGGUUUGGUGGGCGGGCCACCAGGACUAGCCUUUGGGGGGGCCGUCGGGGGUUUGUUAGGCGCUUGGAUGACAAGUGGACAGUUUAAGCCAGUUCCUCAGAUCAUAAUGGAGCUGCCAUCUCCUGAGCAUCAGAAGCUCCUUAACGAAGCCACUGCCAUCGUCAGGCGCCUGGAAUGGACAGACGCCGUGCAGCUGACCAUCCUGGUCAUGGGCAGUGAGGCCCUGCAGCAGCAGCUGCUGGCGAUGCUGGCCAACUACGUCACCAAGGAGCUCCAGGCGGAAGUGCAGUGCGACGGCUAGGCCUCUGCUCCGGGAAGCGGGGUCCAUUUAGAUGAUUCCCGCCGACUCAUGGAAGGUGACUGGGGAGCUGCAAGAAGCCCCACAUCAUCAGAAUAUUACCCUAAACUGUAGCGAAGUCUCUUGCUGGAGAGGCUGGGGCUGUGCUAUAUCAUGUUCUGGAAAUUAUUUAAGAUGCCGUGUUUUGUGGCCGUGUGCACCUGUGUGCCCUGACAACCCUUCAACUGGGAAGCUGGUGAACAGUAAAGCCGUGACUGCUGCCACGUAGCGGCAGUUUUCUGAAUCUACUCUCGCUCACAUAGGGGCUGGAAGAAGGUCUUCACGUUCAGCCUUCUCAUCUCAUCACGUGAAGAUGAUACCUGUCCAGGCAGCCGUUGCCUGACCAGCCCUCCCUUGGGACCUUGGGGCUGUCCCCUGCUGGAAUCAUGUUUACCUCUUGAACGCCCCUUCCCCACCCAGUGACUUCUGCGUGGCCUCAGGGAGGGGGCAGUUGGCCUGCUGAGUGAAGCCACAAACGUCAGUGGCACCCAGCCUCUCCCCCAGUAGCUGCCCGACUGGGCUCUCGCCCUCCCAGGGGCUUGCUUUCCCCAUCUGAAAAGUCAUAGUAGUUCUUGAGUGAUGUUUUUUAAAUUAAAUAUUUUCAGUAAAAUUAUUGCUCUUUCUGAAGUGGUAGAAUUAUAAACUAAGAAAUGUGCCCACCCUAAAUUUCACCCUAAAUUUCCCCUAAAUGUUUUCUGAACAACAACAACAAAAAGAUGAAUAAAAGAUGAAUAAUAUGUCCAAGUUAAGGGACUCUUACAUGUUAGACACUGUGUUGUUAAAUGCCAUAGGUUAAUCACUUGUUGAUUUCCACAAUCCUUAAAGUAUUAAAAAUAUAAUAGUGAAUACUUAAUUUUGCUCCUUCUGUGGGCCAGCCUGUGUUCUUAGCUCUUUGUUUAUAUUCAUUUAUUCUUCACAGCAACCUGAUCUGAUGAGAUGUAGGUACUGUUAUUCUUGUUUUAGAGGAACAGAGGUGAAGGAACUUACCCUGACUCACACAGCUAAUAUGAGGCAGAGCUGGGAGUCAGUCCCUGUGGGGCUGCAAGCUUAACCACUAUAGUGCUUCUGGCUGUAGGAAGAUAUUAUGAAAUAGAUGCUGUUUUCAUUUUACAGAUGGGAAAUUGAAGCUUAGAGAUAUUAAGUAACAUAUCCAAGGUUAUACAAAUACAGUGACAACCAAGUUCCAAAUUCUAAGUCUAUCUUAUUUCAAAAGGGGGAGAUUACUUCUGUCUAGGAGGAUCAGGCAAGCUUAAUUUGAAGAUAUAGUUUGAUCCAGGCCUUGAAUGAAUUACUGUCAGCACGAAUGUGGGAAACUGGUGCCUGUUGGGAAACAUUGAGCGGUCAGGUUUAACAAAGUAUGCAGGGAUUUAAUGGCAGAAAUAAAGCUGGGAAGGUAAGUGGGGCUAGAUCUUGGAGAACCUUGUUGUAGGGCUAAGGAAAUAAGACUUUUCUUUUUUUAAUUUAUUUAUUAAAAUUUUUGCCUGCAUAUGGUAUUUGUUUUUCUCUUUUUGGCUGCGUUUGGUCUUCGUUGCUGUGCUCGGGCUUUCUUUUAGUUGCAGCGAGUGGGGGCUACUCUUCGUUGCAGUGCAUGGGCUUCUCAUUGCGGUGGCUUCUCUUGUUACGGAGCACGGGCUCUAGGCAUGCAGGCUCAGUAGUUGUGGCGUGCAGGCUCAGUAGUUGUGGUACACGGGCUUCGUUGCUCCGCGGCAUGUGGGAUCUUCCCGGACCAGGGCUCGAACCCAUGUCUCCUGCAUUGGCAGGUGGAUUCUUAACCACUGCGCCACCAGGGAAGCCCAAAACUUUUCUUUAGAAUAAGAAAAUAAGACUUUUCUUUAGAAUGUGGUGGGACACCUUAAAUCAUUUACUGAUUUCUUUUGGUACUGUCUCCAGCCAGUAUUAUUGAAAAUGCACUACUAUGCUUGUGCCUUUAAAAAAGAGAAAAGAGGGACUUCCCUGGUGGCACAGUGGUUAAGAAUCCGCCUGCCAGUGCAGGGGACACAGGUUCGAGCCCUGGUCCUGAAAAAUCCCACAUGCUGCGGAGCAACUAAGCCCGUGUACCACAGUUACUGAGCCUGCGCUCUAGAGCCCGUGAGCCACAACUACUGAAGCCUGCGCGCCCAGAGCCUGUGCUCUGCAACAAGAGCAGCCACCACAAUGAGAAGCCCGCACACCACAAUGAAGAGUAGCCCCUGCUUGGGGCUUCCCUGGUGGCGCAGUGGUUAAGAAUCCGUCUGCCAAUGCAGGGGACACGGGUUCGAGCCCUCAUCUAGGAAGGUCCCACGUGCCGUGGAGCAACUAAGCCCGUGCGCCACAACUACUGAGCCUGAGUGCCACAACUACUGAAGCUUGCGUGCCUAGAGCCUGUGCUCUGCAACAAGAGAAGCCACCCAAUGAGAAGCCCGUGCACCGCAACGAAGAGUAACUCCCGCUCGCCGCAACUAGAGAAAAGCCCACGCGCAGCAACAGAGACCCCACGCAGCCAAAAAAAAAAGAGUAGCCCCUGCUCGCCGUAACUAGAGAAAGCCUGCGUGCAGCAACGAAGACCCAAUGCAGCCAAAAAUAAAUAAAUUUAUUUAAAAAAAAGAGAGAGAAAAGAUAAAACUUUGGCUUCUAGCAUUGACACUUAAAAAAUAAUGUCUGUCAAUUCAAGUAAAAAAUUCAGGCUGCCUAAUUUUCACUUAAUUUCCUACUAUACUCCAAACUCCUUGAGGCCAGGGAUUAGGUGGUGGUUAAUUUGGUAAACAGAACUCAGAAUAAGAAUAAUGUCUUAUUGAAAUUUGGGGGGAACAAGGGGAGGGUCUGUAAGUUAAUUAAAAUUCAAGUAAUAGCAGUCUGCUUUUUGGCAUCACAUUAUUUCUAAAGACGGUUUAUGAAAACAGCUUAAUAUAUGAAAUAAUUAAAGUUGUAAGUCAUUCAAAAUGCCUUAAAAAACACAGCUUAUAUGGGAAUGUAGAUUUUAAAGGUAUAUUUGGUAUUCUCCUUGAAGAGCAAAUUCCUAAAGUUGGAACUUAGGGCAUCUUUACUGAGGGAGUCUGGCUCAUCAUAGUUGUUGAAAGACUGUAAGAACUGAUGAACUAACUUAAGUUCAUUUACUGUGUUUUUUACCACCUAUAUUUCAUCAGUGGCUCAGAAAGCAAAAUAUGAUUUUGGGGCCUUAACAUUUAGAAAACUAUAUAAUCUUAAAUACAGUGAGCCAAAAGGAAAUUUUAUGCUUUGUCUUUCUGGAUUACAGAAGGCCUUUUUUUCUUACAAAUUUUUCUUUCUAAAUGUGAAAAAAUAAAGGGAGAUAAUUUUUUGUUAAUGUUUCUUCCAUCCUUAUAGUCUUCCUUUAUCCCAGUUUUUCUGCCAUGUCACUUUAAAUAUUUUUAUAGUGUUUCCUGUUAAGUUUUAUUUUCAAGGGAAACUUUGGUUGAAUAUAAAUGCUGAAUUUCAUAAGCUCUUUCCACCAGUAUUUCUUAAACUUAGCAGUUUGAGUGUCUUUGCUAAAAAUACUAGUUUCCUGUUGGUAUAUUAGACAAAAGAACUUAUCUAUUCUUUCAUCUUAUCCUGCUGAAAGUUAGAGCAUGUGUUACCAGCCUACUUUUUCUAAACCAAAUGGUACAAAAUAUGUUUUAUUAACAAAUAUAUUCCAAAUAUUUGCUCUUUUUGUAUUCUUUGAGAAAGUGAUGACUUAAUGGUUGAUUUACUAUGAGUGGUAUAGGAAAAAUGUUUUCUUACUAAAACCACAUGGUCUUACAUUGGACUUUUUUUUUUCCUUCAGGAAAUGCUUUGGUUUUUAAAAAAUUAGAAAGAAAAGGAAAAGUGAAGGCCAGUGCCUUGAAAUGUUCCUUAAGUUUUAACUAAUUUGCCAUCUAAUAUUAAGAAAGUUUGAUAAAAUAUUUUGUCUUAGCCAUACCGAUGAUUGUUGUGCAGCUAUAAAAUAGGUAAAAUUAUUAGAAAGCAACAACCUUCCCCUCCAACACCCAGCCCAAAACCCUCACCAAACUUAAUGUUCCAUAGGUGAGAGAAAAAGUUGUGUUUUUACCACUUUUUCAUGUUUUCAUAUUUUCAUUU